UCCCUGCUAAAGACGGGUCGCCGAGCUUUCAGGGAAUCCAGCUGUCACUCAACGAGCCCUGGUGUCAGACUACACGGCGGAGAAUCCCGGUGCUGAUAAAUACGAGAGCACGACCCCGGCUGCGUGGAGGAGGACCCCCACUGAUCAACAGAUCUCCGCUGCUCACUCCUCCUGCGAAGAAGAGGAGGAGGAUGAGGGAUCCGAGAGACAAUACCGGAGACAACUGGCACAUGUGAGCGUCUGACAUAUUUAGCAGCAGAUUCCCCGAGCCACGCACAGAGAUAUGACCAAACUAGCUGUCAGGAUUUGGAGGUGAUCAGUCGAUGUUGGUGUCGGAGGCAGCGGAGGAGCUUCAGCUCGUGCCAAAAUGACCAGACUAUUGUCUAGCAUCGCUGUAACGGAACGGGCCCGCAGGAAUUUUGGCACCGGUUUUACGCAGCAGACCACAUAGUUUGAUCGACGUUUCUCCAGAGCGGCGAGGCUGACAUGGACAGAGACAGUUUCCACAUCUCGUAGUGAUGCUAUGAGAUAAAAUAAUACACAUCCAAACACAUCAGCCAAGCACGCGGCUGGCUGGUUAUUGGAGCUGAUCCUCAACGGCGGGAUUCAAGUUUGGGCUGACCAAGUCCAGCACGACCUUCCCCUCCCGGAACACAGCAUCAUCUUCCAUCUUAAAGCAUCUUCACAGACUCGCAGAGCGAGUCUGUGAGCAGGUGAGAGAGGGACACUGUCUGCCCCACUGUCCAGCGACACCAUGAGCUGGAGCUUCCUCACGCGGCUGCUGGAGGAGAUCCACAACCACUCCACCUUCGUGGGGAAGCUGUGGCUCACCGUGCUCAUCGUCUUCCGCAUCGUUCUCACCGCUGUCGGGGGAGAGUCCAUCUACUACGACGAACAGAGCAAGUUUGUCUGCAACUCGGGCCAACCAGGCUGUGAAAACGUCUGCUACGACGCCUUUGCCCCUCUAUCCCACGUCCGCUUCUGGGUCUUCCAGAUUAUCUUGGUGGCGAUGCCUUCUCUCAUGUACAUGGGCUAUGCUGUCCAAAAGAUUGCACGAUUAGAUGAAGCCAAAGGAGGAGCUGGUGCUGCUGCGGUUAGAACAGCAGGAGGAGGGGGCUACACACAUAGGAAGCCUCGGAAAAUCUGCUUUGGGGCUCGGCAGCACCGGGGUAUCGAGGAGACAGAGGAGGAUCAGGAGGAUGAUCCGAUGAUCUAUGAGGUGCCAGAGAUCGAGCCCCCCAAAAGGCCACGGGAUCCUCUGCAACCCACACCCAGACCUAAAAUCCGGCAUGAUGGGCGCAGACGUAUCCAAGAUGAGGGUCUGAUGAGGGUGUAUGUCUUGCAGCUGGUGACUCGUACAGUGCUAGAAGCUGGCUUCCUUGCAGGCCAGUAUUUGCUGUAUGGAUUCCGUGUGAAGCCUGUGUUUGUGUGCUCUGGGAAACCCUGUCCCCACAGUGUUGACUGCUUUGUGUCACGGCCUACAGAGAAGACCAUCUUCCUGCGCAUCAUGUAUGGAGUCACUGUCCUUUGCCUCACGUUAAAUGUUUGGGAGAUGCUCCAUUUAGGGAUCGGUUCCAUCUGUGACAUUCUGCGCCGUCGGCGCUGUCCACCACAGGAGGAUGAGUACCAGCUGGGCUUGCUGGGCACCAAUAGUGGUGCCGAGGGCUCAGUAGGGGGGGCAGGACAAGAGGCAGGCUCUGAAGGAGGGGUGGGUGGAGAUGGAGCUGCUGAUUACGUGGGCUACCCUUUCUCAUGGAACACCCCAUCAGCUCCACCUGGCUACAACAUUGUAGUAAAGCCGGAGCAGAUGCCCUACACGGACCUUAGCAAUGCUAAGAUGGCGUGCAAGCAGAACCGGGCAAACAUUGCCCAAGAGGAACAGCAACAAUUUGGUAGCAAUGAGGAUAAUUUCCCCACUGGAGGGGAGGCCCGUGUGGCUUUGAACAAAGACAUGAUCCAGCAAGCUCAUGACCAGCUGGAGGCGGCCAUCCAGGCCUACAGUCAGCAGCACCGAGCAGAGGAACAGCUCGGGGACAACCAAGACGACAAGCCUCAAAGUAACAUCAUCCAGGCCCAGCCUCAGCCACAGCCUCAGCCUCAGAAAGAGCGCAAGCAUAGAUUCAAACACGGGAAAGGAGGGAGCAGUGGAGGAGGCAGCAGCAGCAACAGCAGCAGCAGCAAAUCAGGAGAGGGGAAGCCCUCUGUAUGGAUUUAA